AUGGGAAAUACCGAUUCAAAACUUGAUUUUCGUAUAGCUGUUGGUCAAUUAAUAUCUCGUAGUCAGCAACUUGAAUAUAAGGAUGAAUCAUUUUGGGAUCAAUUUUGGUCGGAUAAAAUUUCUAAUGUUCAAGAUAUAUUUACUUUAGUACCAGCUGCAGAAAUUCGAGCAUUACGAGAAGAAUUACCAUCGAAUUUAGCAACAUUAUGUAAUAAACUUGUUGAUCGUUUACAAUUAGCUGCAGAACAUUCAUGUCAAACACAACGAGAUCAAACAGCUGCAAUUAAUUGUAUUCGAUUACUAACUCGUUUAUUACCAUAUAUAUUUGAAGAACCGGAAUGGCGUGGUUUUUUUUGGUCUGAUGUUCCUCCUGCACAACAGCCAACAGCAUUAAAUGGAGAAUAUUUGAAUAAACCACCAUUAGCUGAACGACUUCUUCGAAUAUUAGCAGAUAAUCCAGAAGAUAUACAUACGAUUGAUAGUUGUGAAUAUAUUUGGGAAGCUGGUGUUGGUUUUUCUCAAUCACCUGUACAUUCACCAACCAAUGAUAGGAAUCGAACUGAAAUUCUCAAACUUUUACUUACUUGUUUUUCAGAAACGAUCUAUAUGAAUCCAUCGGUUGAACUACAAUCGUGUCCAAAUAAAUGGUUAACUUAUUUCACAUCCAAUCAUAAUCGCCAAACAUUACCUUUAUUUACAUCAUUAAUAAAUAUUAUAUUUUCUUAUGAUCCUGUUGGUUAUUUACCAUAUAAUUAUCUUUUAUUUACUGAUACACGUGAACCUCUAGUCGAAGUUGCUUCUCAAUUAUUAUGUGUAACACUUGAUAUUUUUUCAUUCUCAUCAUCAUCAACAACAACAACAGAUCAACCUCCAUCAUCGCCAACAAGUAAAACGCCAAUAGGAGAUGAUUGUUCAAAUUUAUUUAUUAAUUAUUUAUCGCGUAUUCAUCGAGAUGAUGAUUUUAGCAUUUUAUUAAAAGGUUUUUGUCGAUUAUUAAAUAAUCCACUUAUUCAAACUUAUUUACCUGGUUCUUGUAAAAAAAUUGGAUUUUAUCAAGAAUUAUUAAUUAUAUUUUGGAAAUUUUGUGAUCGAAAUAAGAAAUUUUUAUAUUAUGUUCUAAAAUCAAGUGAAAUACUUGAUGUAAUUGUACCAAUACUUUAUUUUCUUAAUGAUGCUCGUACGGAUUCUUCUAAAAUUGGUUUAAUGCAUAUUGGUAUAUUUAUUUUACUUUUACUUAGUGGUGAAAGAAAUUUCGGUGUACGAUUAAAUAAACCCUAUGUCACACGAGCACCAAUGAAUAUACCUAUAUUUACUGGAACUCAUGCUGAUCUAUUGAUUAUUGUUUUUCAUAAAUUAAUUGUUUCAGCAAAUCAACGUUUACAACCAUUAUAUGAUUGUUUAUUAACAAUUAUUGUUAAUAUUUCACCAUAUCUUAAAAGUUUAUCCAUGGUAUCAAGUAAUAAAUUAAUACAUUUACUUGAAGCAUUUAGUACUCCAUGGUUUCUUUUUGCCGCACAGGAUAAUCAUAAUCUUGUGUUUUUUCUUCUUGAAGCAUUUAAUAAUCUUAUUCAAUAUCAAUUUGAUGGCAAUGCUAAUCUUGUUUAUUCAAUAAUUCGUAAACGACAAACUUUUUUUUCUUUGAGUAAUUUACCUACAGACGCACAAACAAUAGCUAAAUUUAGUACAAAAUUUUCUGCUUCAAUUUCGUCAUUAACAUCAAGUCCAGAUAAAUCAGAAAUAAAACAAACUAUUUUUCAAACAAAUUCAAAACCAAAUACAGAUGAUGAAUCAACAUUAAAUACAGAAAAUAUACAACAAUCAGCAUCAGGAAUAACGAAUAAUCCAAUUGUAACAAGUUUAGCAGAAACACCAUCAAUUCAUAAAAUGACAGAACGUACAUUAGCUGCUUCGCCAAGUUUAAAUAGUAGUCAACGUCAAAGAUCUGAUACAAACAGUGAAAUAUCUCCAAGUUUAACUCAAUCUACUUCACCUACAUUAUCACAUGUUGGUUCUAGUUCAAAUCCAAUUCAUUCAUUAGAUAAUGGUACUUGGUCACCAACAUCUGCAUGGAUACAAUCAUGGAAAGGAAAAUUACCAUUACAAACAAUACUUCGUCUUCUUCAAGUACUUGUACCACAAGUUGAAAAAAUUUGUAUGGAUCGUGGUUUAACAGAUGAAAGUGAAAUAAUUAAAUUUCUUCAACAUGGUACACUUGUUGGUCUUUUACCAGUACCACAUCCGAUUUUAAUUCGAAAAUAUCAACCAAAUUCUAGUACAAUUAUGUGGUUUCGUACUUAUAUGUGGGGUGUUAUUUAUCUCAGGAAUAUUGAUCCUCCUAUAUGGUAUGAUACUGAUGUUAAAUUAUUUGAAAUUCAACAAAUGAAAGAACAAGAUUAA